GAGAGUUGAUCUGAUCAGCUGUUGCUUUAGGUUACCAUAGUGACACAUCAGCCUGCAUAAAAGAAAGUCAGCCGGACCCGGCGCGCACACACACACACACACACACACACACACACACACACACACACACAUACAUCUCGUCUUGUGAGACAAGUCUGGAUUUUUCCCGCAACACAUCGGAGAAAAGCAACAACCAAUGCCUCUGAACUCCUCUGAUGACAACCGGACCAUCUCUGUGUUCACCUCCAAACUGACCCCUGCCGCUGACAUAUGUGUGGGACUGGCCAUCCUCUCUGUAGUUCUGCUCUCAGUUCUGGGCAAUGGGCUGGUUCUGGUGAUCUGUUACCGCAGGAGGAAAAAGAUGGUGGGCUCGGAGCUGCUGUGUGUCAACCUGGCGGUGGUGGACUUCCUCUGCUGCAUCUGUUUCUACCCGCUCUCCAUCCUGUCCUCCUUCCACCACGCCUGGCUGGGGGAAGACAUCACAUGUGUUUACUACGGCCUUGGCUGCUACAUUUUCGGACUGUGUGGCAUGUUCACCAUCACCGCCAUCAGCAUCAUGCGCUACCUGAAGACCUGCUACAGCCUGGUUUACGCUGUGUGGCUGGAAGGAGCCAACAUCCGAAUAGCGUGCUGCGUCAUCUGGCUGGUCGCUGCCGUGUGGUCCAGCUUCCCUUUGUUCGGCUGGGGCGAGUACGUCCCUGAGCCUUAUGGGCUAUCCUGCACCAUCGCCUGGAGGGGUUAUCACACCUCAACGAAGGACGCUUUCUACGUGAUCUGCUCCUUUGCCUGCUUCACACUGGUUCCUGUCCUCUUCAUCGUGGUGUCCCAGUGUCGGAUCCUCUACAAGGUGUCCCGCUUCUCCUACUCGCUGUCUGCCAGAGGCAUCCGCAACAACCUGCGGCACGCUGAGAAACGGCUCUCCGUGAUGUUUUUCUGCAUCAGCCUAGGCUUUGUGAUUGCUUGGGCCCCGUAUGCUGUUGUGUCCUUCCUCUUCAUUUUCCACAAGGAGCACUGGUAUAUGGCUCCUGAGGGCUUUGUUUUCCCCGCCCUCUUCGCCAAAAGCUCCCACAUCUACAACCCCUUCAUCUACUUCUACUUCAAUAAGACUUUCCAGCGGGAGCUGCGCUGCCUGCUCCUCUCAUUCUGCCCCAAGCUGGGGGGAAACCGAGUAGGCGACCACGUCACUGCGGGCCAUCAAGCCCCGUACCCUAUCCACAUUCAACUCCAGGAAAGAGGCUGCGUUAAAAAGAAGACCUUUGGUUUGUCUCAGGACAGAACUCAGAGUAGGAGCAAGAGCAAAGGCAAAGUAACACACACUAGCGGCAACCGUGUCCAUGGCAGGCCUGUGUACGCCUGCUGGGGCUCCACAUCGAAGAACGCUCCCACCAUCAUACACAAUAAACCUGCCAAAGAGUCCCUACCGGUCUCUAUAUGAACUCUGUCUAUCAUAGGGCUGUGUAUUAGCCAUAACCUGGUGAUACGAAACAUAUCACGACACAUGGGUUACGAUUCAAUAUAUUGCGAUAUUGUAAGCAAGGCGUUUUUUUGUUUAAUCUAAUUUUAAUAAAACGUAUAGUAUAAAGAACACACCACUAUAUGCAUAAAAUCUGGGUGGGCCGACCUGAUAGCUGAAUGGUUGGGGCGUAUAUCACAUGAGUGCAAAUGCCCUGAGUAGCAAGUUCACAGGGCAACUCCCGCCUGACUGGUUGGAUCAUUUGCUGCGUGUCAUUCCCCUUCUCUCUCCCUGCCUUUCCUGUUCACCAGAACUAUCCAAUAAAGGAAUAAAAAUAACAAUAAUAAGUAAAAGUAAUAAAAGUGCUUGUAGGAUUCUUUAGGUGAACAAUUACGUGAAUAAAAUAAAUUAAACAGACAGCGCUACAUAGACAGUGUUGAGAGGGAUCCGCUUGUUUAACAUUUGCUGUUCCGUCAGCGGUUCAGAGUGAUGUCUUGCUAAGUGUGCACUCAGAUUUAUUGUGUUGCCUGAGUAUUUGAUUUUGCCAUGGCACGUUUUUCAAAUGAUGUAUGGCUCUUGUCGAUCUCCUUAGUGCCUUCUUCAUUGUGGAAGCUGAAAUGAGCCCACACUUCAGCUCUGUUCGCUGCCAGAGCCCGACCUUGUGCUCCUUUGGAUUCAGGUGGUAACGUUUGGUAACCCUAAAUCGAAUCUUUGCACAUCAACUAUUAAUUAUAAAUCAAUACAGUGUUUUUGAGAAUCGAUACAGUGUCACCAAACAUAAUAUUCAAGUGUCUCGAUAUUUUCUUACACCCCUAGUCUAAUAUAAUGUUUAUACAGGGACAGGGAACUGUGAUGUAAAUGAAACUGUGUACAGCCACCAAACAGUCUGGUCCUGUACUUGUCAUUGAAGACUCAGAAAUCAUGACUGGAUGAUUGAGCAGCUAACUCCAUUUAUCUUGUUACUCUCCAUUUGUAACAAAUAGCAGCUGCAUAGUAAAGUGUCUCCUUAGUCGUCCUAACAUUUAGACCACAAAACUGAUACAAUUCAUAAACAUACAAGUCAUAAACUCUGUGUUAUUAUUAGUGUUAUACAUGCAAACGUAUACAACUGUGCAUCCUUUUGCACAGGUCUGACAUGAAAACAGGGCUGAGUAGAUUCGCUAUUUACAUGCAAGUAAGAUCUGCGUGAUCCGUUUGUAUUAUGCAGACUUCUUCCUCUGUCUACUAAGUGGAUGUUUUUGUUCUUCAAACACCGGUGUCAAUAAUGGAUUCAUUCCAGUUAGGUGAGGUAUUGUAGUUGCAGGGCUCUGGUAUUCAGCAUGCUGGAUUGCGUUGGUUUAGACUGGAUUAUUUCCACUAUUUUCUGACAUUUUACAGACAAGAUGAUUAAUUGAGAAAAUAAAAAGGAGAUUAACUGAUUAUGAUUAGAGAACUGUUGUUGUGGUCCUAACAUCAACAUCCAAGCCAGAAUUACAACAGGGAAACGCUGUCUCUGGGAUAAAGCUUCGACAUGUCUGAUAUUGGCUCUUAAUAAUAGAGAAAUGCCUGAAACCCAAACAAAUAUGGAUUCAUCACAUCAGCCAUAGACUCUCGUUCAAUGUAACUGAACUCAAUCAUCUGCUGUCUUCUGUGUAAUCCGCUCUUUAAACAAAUCCAUCUGAAAGCUACAAUGCCAUCCACUCCUCUGCAGUUACACCGGUUCAGUGUGUGUGUUUAUGUGCCCGAGUGUGAACUGUUUGAACUCCACAUUUGUAUUGUAUUUGUAAUGUUUUGUACACUGUGUUUCUGUCGUUCAAUGCCUACUUGUACUAAUGGCAGUAUACUGAAUUAGCAAACGUGGAUAUAUAAUAUUCUGUCUAAAGUUUUGAUUUUAUUCUUAACGAAUUUAUCUACAUUUUCAUGAUAUUUGAAUGUUUCUUCAUACCAAUGAUGCGUUUCUUUUCAUGAAUUUUCCUAAUGUUACCAGCUAAAAAGGUCAAAUGCUUGUUUCACUCCAAAUUCAUGAAUUAUCAAACAUUUUAAGUAUUUAUUUGAAAACUACUGAUGCACAUGUGCUGACUGUGUUUGUCUGUCUGUUUUUAGGAAUCUGAACUGUGAAUAUAUCCUUUGUCGUCAUUUUUCAUCUCCCUUGUGUUCUAAAGCUUUCCUAAAGGUUUAUUUUUCUAACAGUCUGAUGUCUUUUGUGACAUUUAAAUGACAUUAAAAAAUGAUUUAAAAAAAAAAAACUGCAGUAUGAUAUCAAAUCCAUUUUAACUGUUUGAAACCAAGAAAUCUUGUGAUUGUUAAUAUUUCACGGCUCAAAAUGCUCAAAUUUCUAUUCAGUUCAUGGUCUAAUUCUCUGGUGAUUCAACAGCUGCAUAAAUGGAAGGAAAUAAAAUUCCC